ACUGUCUACUGGGGAAGACAGUCUUUCCCAAAGGUUAGCUGGAAUCAGCUUCCCCAGAGAUGGAAGGAAAGCUGUAACGCUGCAUUGAUGUUGCUGUGAACUGGUAUUUCCACAUAUCAUCGUGCUGUGCAACUGAGACGUAUCGUGGGCUGAGGAGCAGAAUAACCGUGGUCGCUUAAGGCUACAGGAGGUUGGAAGAGGAGCACUUGAUAAGAAAGUGCAAAGAAGGCUUUUCCUUCAAUUGGCUCAUCUACACCGUGCCUCUCUCCCAGCCUUCUUCCUCCUUAUAAUCCCCAAGUGAAGAUGAGCAGCCUGCUGCAAACAUGACAUCUCUGACUAGUGUCAUUGCCUCCCGCCAAUCUGAAUGGGUGUCCUUCACUGAUGAGCUGCUCCUCCCUGUUAACCCACGAGAUAGCACUGAGAAGCCUCUGAAGCAAUGUCUUUCUUCCUUGGACACCUCCUCAGAAGAGAACCACAAUGCAGAUGGAGAGUUUCAAGACCUCUCUCACACGGAGCUGGAAGAUGCAGCUGAGAAACCCAAGGUGGAUUCUGCUGUGCUUGGGAACAAUGUGUGUCCCAGCACUGAUUUGUCGUCAUCCAUCAGUGCUUGGGUGCAGUUUGAAGAUGCACCAUGGACCAGUGCUCCAUCAACCCGCCCACAAGCAGUGUCUCCAUCAAAAGCACCCAGCUGGACUUCCCGCUCUUCCAACUCUUCAGAGAGGCAAGCCCAUGCUUCAGAGAGCAGCUGGACAACAAACUCAGAAGACACCAGCAGCCCUAGCAUUGCUCCCUCCUACACAGAUCUGCAUUCAAUUAAUACUGAGGACUUGACCAGUGGUGGAACAUCUGCAGCAGAUUCAGCUGACAAUUCCUCAUCUCUCCAAGAAGAUGAAGAGAUAGAUAUGGAGGCUGUCAACUGGCAGCUGAACAACACCUCCAUGAAUGGACAUUCAUCUACCCCAACCACAGUUCGCUUUCCCAGUUGGGUGACUUUUGAUGACAAUGAAGUCAGUUUUGCACCGCAGAACCUUUCUCCCUUGAAAACAGACACCCCACCUGCAGAAACACAGACUCCAGAUGUUAACUUUAACACUACAUCCUUUAAGAAAAGAGAACGUCCUAAAAGCACAUUGGGAGACCUUUCCAAAAUUCAAAAACUAGAUCUGUCCUCCUUAACCAAGUUGCCUUCUGUUGAAACACCACCAUGGAGUGCUACUAAUCCAUUCCUGGAUGAAUCUCUGCGAGAUGUCCAACCCUCACCCAUCAAUCCAUUCAGUUCAUUCUUUGAGGAGCGAGACAGACGUUCUAAAAGCUCUUCUGUCUCCAGUGCUCCAGCCAAAAGCCAAAGAGAUUCUCUCAUUAUUCUUCAUCAAGAACCUGAUACUAUCAGUUUCCAUGAGGCAAACAAAAGUGUAACCCACAUCGAUGCUGUAGAGCAGCUCAAGCAACUCCAGAUUCGAGACCCAGAUCAUGUGAGCAGCCCUACCUUGCCUGAUGAUGACCCUGUGAUGCCAUAUGAUCUGGAUGCAGCCUUAUUUAACCUGGCACCAACUCAGCCAAAGGAUGGAUGGCCAAUGAUGCUCAGGAUCCCAGAAAAGAAGAAUAUUAUGUCAUCCAGGCACUGGGGGCCAAUAUAUGUCAAGCUGACUGACAGUGGAUGUAUACAGCUUUUUUAUGAGAAAGGACUGGAGAAACCUUUCCGGGAAUUCAAACUUGAAAUCAAUCAUGAGAUCUCAGAGCGCAAACUGCAGAACUAUGAUGAGAAUGGAAGGAUACACAGUGUGCGAUUGGACCGCACAACCUACAAGGAGAAAAAGAAGUACCAGCCUAAGCCAGCCAUUGCUCACACAGCAGAGAGAGAGCAAAUUAUCAAGCUCGGGACGACAGACUAUGAAGACUUCCUUAGCUUCAUCAGUGCUGUGCAAGACACACUGAUGAAGUUGCCAGCCUCAUCAACAGAUCUGAGCACAGUGGGACUAAACUAUCAAGAAGAAGAAAUCACGAUUGAUGUCAGGGAUGAGUUUCAUGGUAUCUUGGCCAAAGGAGACGGUGUGAUUCUUCAGCACAGUGUGCUGACCCAUAUCUACGUUCUCAGCUUCCUUUCUGGCCUAGCAGAAUGCAGACUGGGCCUUAAUGAUAUCCUGAUUAAAGGGAAUGAAAUAGUUGCAAGGCAAGAUAUUAUGCCCACUACUACCACUAAGUGGAUUAAAUUAUACAGCUGUCAGUUCCAUUCAUGUGUGGAUGAGGAUGUGUUUAAUAACUCUCGUGUUAUCCUGUUCAACCCCUUGGAUGCCUGCAGGUUUGAACUGAUGCGAUUCAGAACUGUCUUUGCUGAGAAAACUUUGCCUUUUACCCUCAGGACAGCUGCCAGCAUCAGUGGUGCUGAGGUGGAGGUGCAGAGCUGGCUGAUGAUGUCCAUGGGAUUCUCUUCCAACCAUGACCCUUUAACUCAGGUCCCUUGUGAAAAUGUGAUGAUCCGCUACCCAGUGCCAAAUGAGUGGGUGAAGAACUUCCGCAGGGAAAGUGUCCUGGGGGAGAAAUCUUUGAAAGCCAAGGUGAACAAGGGGGCCACUUUUGGAUCAACCAGUAUGUCUGGUUCUGAGCCAGUAAUGAGAGUAACUUUGGGAACUGCCAAAUAUGAGCAUGCCUUUAAUUCCAUCGUAUGGAGGAUAAACCGACUACCUGACAAAAACUCAGCUUCUGGACAUCCUCACUGCUUCUUUUGCCACCUAGAGCUUGGCUCUGACCGGGAAGUGCCUUCCAGUUUUGUCCGCUAUGUAGAUGUGGAAUUUGACAUGCCCACCACUUCUGCAUCCAAAGCCACUGUUCGGUCCAUCUCUGUGGAGGACAAGACCGAUGUGAGGAAGUGGGUCAACUAUUCAGCACACUACAGUUACAAGGUUGAAAUAGAGCAGAAAAAAAGCUUGAAUGAGGAUCUGAAGGGGGAAGAUUCUGUAAAUGUCAAUGAAUGUGCUACACAGUGAAGGAAGAUCUGUCUGCAGGUCCCCAGAGGGAUGGUCAAAUUAACAGACCUGGAAGAGAGGACUUGCAGGGGGUUGGUAUUUUUCUUUUUAAAAGUAUGGAGUACUACUUUUAAAACAAUGCUCUGAAGAGUGUUAUUUUUCAGUGUAAUAAUCUGUACUUCGAGAAGAAGCUCAUCGGGGUUGUUUCGAGUGGACCCAUGCGCUUUUGCUGGAACUAUUUAAGUAGAGUUGGGGUGUAGACAGAAUGACCCACAUUACAGUUGAAGCCUGCCUUUUCUGCCUCUUCACCAUCUAGGCUCUGCACUGAAGUAUGGUCAUCAUCAUAGCCAAACCAGAAAGCAGCCUUUAUCUCACUUACAGUCUUGCCUUCCUACAUUAAGUGUUUUUUUUAAUUGCCUGUUGGUUUUGUCAUUGGUAGAUUCACUUCUUUCUGAACUACCCAAUAAAACCCAGGUAGCAUCAAGUGAAAGAUUAUAUAAAAUCUGAUUUCUGAAGUGGUCAAGAGUGAAAAACCUGAGCAUCAUUCUGGAGAAUCAACAAACUCUGCAUCUUAAACAUACUAAAUGGUCAAGUAAAUGAACUAGAGACAGGACAGCUAAUCAUGUAGCUGUUCUUCUAUUCACCCCUUCCUGUCUCAUCCCCUGAACAACCACAUGUCAUUGUGCACAUUUUUAUUUGUUAGUCUAGGCUGUUCUGUUAUCUAGACUGAACAUGGUUAUGGCUGCUAGUAACAGGGAACAUGUAUUAUAACAGAGAUGAUACAGGAGGGACUUUGCUAAGAUUUGACCAUUCCUACCUAGAAAGAUAUUUAAUGGAAAAACGUUGGGGUUUGGAUUUGUUUUUUUAAUGUUUUCUUGGAUGGGUAAGGUGGGUGGUUAUGGAAAAUGUCAGAACACUUAUUUUAAUAGACAAUGUUGUUUGCUUUCCUGAAAAUCAUUGGAAGUCUGUCCAGCACAGUAUUGCUUUCAUGUUCUGUCUUGAACCUAAGAUAUAAGUAACUCAUAUCUUUAUAAAACCCCCACUAACUGGGACUUAAAGUCUCUUUUCAAAAAUUAACAACAAGCUUCCAUCGUGGAGAUGUUUUUAUCUCCACUUAGCUGAAAGUAACAGCAAGUCUUAAAACUUUUUCUAAGUAAAAAUGCAGAAGGCAAAAAUCAUUCAUAUAUAUAUUUUCAGAUAAAACAGUGUUCAAAGUACCCAUUUUUUGUAGUUGUUUCCACAGUUUGUCUCAAGAUAAUUUUUAAUUUAAAAAAAGUAAUUUAUUAAAUCACUUACCUUUUGAAAGGUUACUGCUGACUUGGAAAGCCUUGGUAAUGUAAUUUAAAAUCAUAAUUAAAAUGAAAGCUUUUUUAUAAGUUUAUAAAUGUAUUUUAUUUUACAUUUCACGUAACAGAAAAUUAGUACAUUCUUGAUUUACUACUUUCAGUGUGACUCCUAUAAAAAUCACUAUGAUGUUGAAAUCCCAAAAAAAACCAUGAGAUUAAUUACAUUGAGUCUAAAACUGGUUGUGGUGAAAUUGAAAACAAAUUAUGGUAAUAUUUUAAAUGCCUUUUCAUGUGCAUCUAAAUUUCAGGCCUUUGCCAACCUAGUGAUAUAUACUUUCACUGUAAAUACAUAAAGUCUCAGUCUUUCUAAAACUUCUUAAUAAGCAUGGAAUAUUCUAUUGCAGGCAGUCCUACUGAAGCCCAGGGAGCUUCUUGGAGCACACCAGUUAGUACUAAGCAUUUGCAACAUUUCUUUCUACAUGGAAGAAUGCUACUAACUUUUAUGAAGAAUUUUGAGAUCAGUGGGUUAAAAUGACUCAUAAAGUUCAAAGAAUUAUUAUUCAUUAAAUUAUAACUUGUAUAGGUUGUGUAAUACCUAAGAGCACAGGGGUGAAUUUGUGACUGAUUCUCAGCUCUGCUACAGGCUGUCUGUGAUAAGUUGCGUGGCAACUCUCUACGAAACUCACUCUUCUUUUCAAAGGCAUUCAAAGAACUUUUUGGAGUUUUCCCUGUUUUCAAUGCAGCUCCUAGUGUACAGUUUCUGAAGAGAAUCAGUGAGAAAUCCAACAAAACUGAGCUGCAGGAGUGCUAAGAUGUUGCUGAGGAAGUGUGAGAAAAUUUCAUGAAAGAAACCCUUGGGAAAUUUCCUACUCUGAUCUUCAGGUUCAGUGGCUGAAUUUUUGCCUAUUUUCUCCUAGCCCUUGAGAACACAAAUGAGUACUAGCAAAUAAGCAAAAUUACAUUGUACUCCUUAAAGAGGUGAGAAAAUCAAAGGAAUAUAAUUUUCAAUCUCUGUUGAAUUUUAAACUUUUCAGUCUUUGUUCCAGCCACAGAAUAUUUCAUGCCCCCAAAACCAAAAGAUGAACUUACUGAAGGUUUCUGCAUUUACUUAAUUCCUCUAGUUCUUUUUCUUUUUUUUUCCCUUAAAUUCAAAUUUAAUGAAUAAGAGAAGGGGCCUGACUCUGAGCUCUCUUAUAUAGUUAAUUGUACAACAGAAGUUGAACAAGUUGCCUAGUGGAGUUAUGCAUGCAAAACUGAAAAAAAAGCUAUUUUAAUCCAUUCUGAUCUCUGGAGAAUAUCUUUUUUAUGUUUCUGCCACUGAAUUUCAAGAGUUUAGGCUUAAUACCUCUGCUAGAGUUUCAAAAGAUCUUAUUUCCCAAUGAAACAUUAGAGUAAGGAGUUUAAUUUUUCCAAAGAGCACUAACAACCAAAUAUUUAGAAAAUCUAGUGUUGGUAUCACCAGGUGUCACCACUGAAUUCUUUUUUCAGCCCAGCACCAUUAUGAGCAUUAAGUGUUUGAACACCAGGAUCCUAAGUGUCCUUUUUGAGGCUUCCGCUGUUCUUGCUUUAUUAAGCAGUGCCAGUUUUUCAUUGGUAGAAACUACCAUUGUAUGAACUUCAUGCACAUGAACCAUGUACUCUUCAUCCAUAAGGAUGCAGUAGUAAUUUGGACAGACUGUUGAUGGGGGUGAGGGGAAAAGAGCUGACAGUGUUGUCAAUUUUAGAGAAGCAAAAAUUAUUUAGAUGCAAGCUAUGCUUGCAAUGUUGAUGUUUUGGUUUGUUUUUUUUAAUCUUGGGGGAAAAUCUCUCUGAAUAGUUUUGGUUUAAUACUCCUUUUGAGAAAGAUAUAAUUACUGUCCUUUGGUUUAUUUGAAAGCUCUGUAGUACUUAACAGUCCAUGCAGGAAAUGUGCCUUUGAGGUAAGCAUACAUUUACUCCCUGAAACUAUUCCCACCUUCAUGUUCUUUCUGUCUCUCAAUAUGGUUUUGAUUAAUUUUUGUACUGUGGUAGGACUUGAGGUGUUGCAGGGAAUUUUUCCUAGAAAAAUAAACAGUCUUUGAUCACAAGGGGUAAAGAUGAACAACAUCACUGGGCAGCUGAGCUUAUUUUAGUGAAUGCCUCUUACGUUCAUUAGCUGUGGACACUGCUAGCAAAGGACAAUGGGCAAAUUCAGCUGAGAAAUACUGUAACUGACUGAUGUUAUUCUUGUCUUUUAUUUUAUUUAGACUCAAAUUUAGUCAGCCUAUGAAGGAGACAGAUUUUAGGUUCUUCAUUGCAGUAGCAUCAUAAGAGAAAUAUUUCACCUUUUCUGGUGGGUUGCUGGCUGACAUAUUUACUUGACAGGACAUCCAAGACCUGUUGGUCUACCUGUCCACAUGACUCAGUAGCUGCUAAAGCUCCAUCUUGAUCAUUUACCUCCCAGAAUGCAUGCAAGAGAGCAUGAAAGCAAGAGGAAAAGGCAUACAAAGUUCAGCCUGGAGGUACUUGCUCUAUUGCUUGCAUGAAAUUCUCAUUAAUUUCCUUGGCCCUUGAAUGCACACAAACUAAUCAAGCCCUUGAUAAGUCACCUCUGUUCCAGAGGGUGAAAAAUUCCUUUCAGUGACUCUUGUUUAUAGCUGUAUUCAUCUCCAGAACUGGCCAGCAGAAGAAUUUGCAGCACAAAGAGAUCACUUAUAGAUGAAGCACCUACCCUUUUCUGCGACUAAAGUUAAAUCUACAUCAUGAGUUGUCUGAGAUAAUGAAAUUUUGUAUAACCUGCCUGUUCUGUUCAGCCAGCCACACGUCCGUCCAUCCAGCCAGCCAUCCAUCCAUCCUCCCAUCCGUCCUGCCCUCCCUCUCUCUUUCUUCUAUACUGGCAGUUGAUUCUUUGCACUAUUGACAUUGAUUGGUCUGAUUAUUAUUUUGUAACAUGUUCCUACCUUUUUGUUUUGUAAAAUAAGAAAGUCUAUACACUGGCUAACUUUGUAGAGGUGGUUUAUUUUUUUUUCUUUUUAUCAGUUCAACUGGGAUGUCAUGUUCUGUUUGAACUAUGGGAAAACUUAAAUAAAUAUUAAGAUGAAACAGCA